CAAGACAAACAUAGCGUGAAAGUUUGGAUCGGCAGAGGGUCCGGAAGAGAAUUGAGAAAUAGAGGCGCAAAUCUGAAAAUAACAACAUUUACCCACAGCGGUCGAGAAAGAAAAGAAAAGAAAAGAAAAGAAAAAAUCCCUAUCCUCCCUCCCCUGGUUAGGACCAUCAAAACCAAGCUUGAUUCUGGGACACGCAAAUCAUACAGAAAAACAAUUUAGCACUGUCUUUCAACAUCAGAAAGAAAUCUGUCCAACAAAAAGUUCCCAUGGGAGGCCACGGCGCUGUAGAGGUAGCGAAGACGGUCAUCGAGGUGGCUGACGUGGCAUGGAAAGCGAUGGAAUUCACCCAGCACCACCACCUCCACGAAAAUCACCAGCAUGAACCCGUCAACGACACCAAAAAUAAACCAGUGGGUGAAAAACUGGAGUCUUUAAGAUCGGAGAAUAAGCGUUUGAGGAAUUUGCUUGAGCAAAAUUUGAAACUACUCCAAAAUCUAGCUGAAUCGCCUUGCUUAUUACACGAGUGCCCUACUCACCUGUACAGCCAUCUAGUAGCUACUGUGGAUUCUGAGAAUUUCUUGACUAAACUUAAAUCCCUCCAGCAGGCUUCAAUUAACGAAACUGGCUUUCAGUUCCCUUUUAAAGAGGCUACAAGGGAUGAUAUGCAAUUAGUUGAGGUUCUAAUCAGUGUUGAUAACAAAGAACCUAGUCGGUGGGUUUGGGUAACAGAAGACAUGGUUCCUAGCAAUACUGAAGAGCGGAGUGGUAUUGAUGAUGAGAACUAUGUGGUUGUUACUGAGGAGAAUGUGGUGGACGGGGUUGCUUACUUCAUGGCUAAAUGCCUUGUAGCAAACCCGAAGGCACAGAAAUUGACGCCAGAGGAGCUGCAGAAAAUUCUGGCAAAAGCUUUGGGUGGUGUGAGCAGAUUGGAAAAGGUGUUUGAUAUCUGGCAUGCUGGGACCAUGUUUUAUACCCUGGGAACCUGGGGGCUUGCUUUGGCAGGGUUGUAUCGUAGUCGAUCUGUAUUGAGGCUUGCUGCAAAGGGCAUUCACGCCACCGGCAAAGUUGUUCUAAAGGCUCUCUAAAGAUGGCCGUUCCAAUCUGAAUGAACAAAGUGAAUUGUAAUUGGUGUGGAUUUUUUGGGACCUUCGAGUGUCUCAGCUGUGUGCAAAAUGAAAAACACCAUGAUUCUUUUCACCUUUUAUCUUCCUUGCUUCUAUAACUGUAAAUAUUUGUAAAUAACAUUGGCUUUCUGUUCAGUGACAGUGAUUGAAGGAUCAAUUUCUUUUGCUUA